AUGUCCAACAGCGUCGCCGACCAGCGCUGGGUCAACUACUCCCUCACCUCGCCGCCACCGGCAGUGUACGGCCUCGCCCAGUGCCACGGCGACUUGAUUAAGACCGAGUGCUUCCUCUGCUUUACCGAAGGCCAGACUUGGAACCCCCCCACCAUCCCCAACUUCGGCCGGCUCUACCUGGACGGCUGCUUCCUUCGUUACGACCAUUACGACUUCUACAACGAGACCGUCGAUCCAACGCAUGACAUGCUCAAGUGUAGCUCCAAUUCGACGGUCCCGACGCAGAAAGUGGCCGAGUUCUCAGAUAGGGUAGACCGGGUGCUGAGGAAUGUCUUGGCAAGCGCAGUGCUGAACAAGGGCUUUGCAGUGGCUGGGGAGGACGGAGUCGGAGGGGUGGCCGGGGCAUAUGCUUUGGCACAGUGUUGGAGCACGCUUGAUGCCGGCGGUUGCAGAGUCUGUUUGGAGAAUGCAACUUCGAUGGCAAGAAGCUGCACUCCUAGAGAAGAAGCGCGUGCCAUGAAUGCGGGAUGCUUCCUCCGUUACUCGACCACAAAGUUCUACAACGUCCACGUUAGCGGAGGGUCAUCUAGGGUCCGCAUCACUAUACCAAUAGUCUCAUCGGCUGCUGCGGUGACUUCGCUUGUUCUCAUGGGUGCGUACAUUGGAUAUAAAAAGUACUCCAAGGAGAAACGAGUGCAAAAUAACAUCAUGCAAUUACGGGCAAGCAUGAGCAAGUUUAGCUUAUAUUUCAAGUAUGAGACGCUGGAGAAGGCCACCAACUUCUUUGAUGACUCAAGGAAGCUGGGGCAAGGUGGGGGCGGUUCCGUGUACAAGGGGAAUUUACCUGACGGGAAGGUCGUCGCAGUUAAGCGGUUGGUGUUCAACACACGACAAUGGGUGGAUGACUUCUUCAACGAGGUGACGAUCACCGGGAUUCAACACAAGAACCUCGUUAGUCUUUUGGGAUGCAGCAUCGAAGGCCCGGAGAGCCUCCUCGACGAAUAUCUUCCUAACGGAAGUCUUGAUCAAGUUCUUUUUGUCAACAAUGCGACCCCCGCCCUAACUUGGGAGGAGAGGUUGUACAUCAUCACAGGAAUAGCUGAGGGCCUCGCGUAUCUUCAUGGAGGCUGUGGAGUGAAAAUCAUCCACCGGGACAUAAAAACCAGCAACAUCCUCCUUGACGAAAAUCUCACGGCAAAAAUCUCAGAUUUUGGGCUUGCCCGAUGCAUUGCUUUGGAUAAGUCUCAUCUUAGCACAGGAAUCGCCGGCACACUUGGUUACAUGGCACCUGAAUAUCUUGUGAGGGGACAACUAACGGAGAAAGCGGAUGUUUAUGCUUUUGGGGUGCUGCUUCUUGAAAUCUUGACUGGUAGGAAGAUCACCAUAUACACACGAGGGUCGAGCUCGGUAUUACAUUUGGUAUGGAAGCACUACAAAUCGAAUAAUUUAGCUGCGUGUAUUGAUCCGGUCUUACAAGGUAAAUUCCCUAUCUUGAAGGCGUCAAAUGUGGUCCAAAUCAGCCUUCUGUGCACUCAAGCCUCCAUGGAAUUGCGGCCGCCCAUGUCUGGAGUUGUUGAGAUGCUCCACGAUAAAGACUGUGUAGUCCCCCAACCGAACCAACCCCCGUUCCUCAAUGCUAGCGCGUUGUUCGACAAAUCUGGCAGCGGAAGCUCUACAUGCACACAUGGCUGUUGAACCAACUCAUGGCAUUCGAGGUCUUCUUCUUCUCUCAUGGCAUCCGAGCUCUCUUCCCCUGUUGAACCAGCUCAUGGCAUCCGAGGUUCUUCUUCUCGGAUAUAUGAAUAUAAGUGGGAUGCGAUUGC